UUUGUCGACAUUGGCUCGUUCUGUAACCGUCGCUGAAUUUAAAAGUUUAAACGGGCGCGCGGCUGCUGCUGGUUGUUGGGUUUGUCAGCGAUUCUCCGGUUUGAAGCUGGAGGAAGCUUGUGUGCUCUCAAGAGUCUGCUCAGUGAAUAGAUAAGAUUAAAAACACAUCAGGGCGUGGAGUGCUCAAGACAACUGAGAUAUUUGCGACUGCUGAUGAUCCAAGACAUUGAUUAAACAACUUUUAGUCUUGGGUCAAACCUUUUUAAGUGACAUCAUGGCUUUGAGAACAGCAAUCACAAUGGCAGACACUGAUAACAUGCUGAAAUUGUUUGGUGAAAAACUCCAUAUUGUUAUUGAAGAUUUCAAAGAAAAUACCAUAUGGCUGAAAGAAAUCCAAGAGGAAGCCAAAAAGAUGUUCAUCAGUGACUUUACUGCGGAACCUGAGCUGAUGCCAAAAACACCUUCAGAAAGAAAGCGGCGUAGGAGACGACCAUCUGUGGCCCAGGAUUCCACUAAGAGACUUUCUAGAAGCAGAAGAAAUUUGAGGCGCUCUUCAACUCAAAGGGCAAAGCUCAGAAGUAGGGUUGUUGAGGAAGAUAACAGUGGCUACAAUAAGAUAGUUGAAGAGCCAGAACCGCCUGUACGUCAAACACGGUCAACGACACGUGCAUUAGCAACUGCCAAUCUUGAAACUGAGAAAAAUGAGCUUGCGGUUGUCCCAGUUAAUGGUAGAGUGCCACUUGUUGUCUUGUCACUAAAUGACUGUAAAAGUGUUGAGUUUCACCAAAAAGGUGAAGUUGUUGACUUAACCAAAACUCUGUCGACUUCUUCUGAAGAUGUGCAAAAGGAAUUUGAAAGACAACCACCUCCUAGUGCACCUGUUUUGGAAACCAUAUCUGCUGCUACUUCAGUGAUCCCCAGGAGCCCAAAUCGAGCAGCCACUAAGAUGAAAAUAGCAGGUGCAGUAACUGCUAAAGAAAAUAGCGUAAAUGAGUGUUUAGCUGAUCAGGAAUUAAAUAAUUCUAUGAAGUCAUCAGCAGCUACUGAAAACUCCAUCACUGAAGAUGAAAACCAGUCUAGUCAUAAGGCUGUUCGUAGAUCAGUGCGGAAAAGCACCACCAAUCACCGGUCCAGCUGUCAUAGCUUAAUGGAUAAAUAUUCAUUGAAUAUUCAACGGACUGUCAUGGUACAAGAAUCGAUGAGGAAAUCCUUGCGUAAAUCUAUGGCCAAGAGGAGGGAUAUUCGAGAAUCCUCUGCUUCCAGCUCUCACAUCAAUAAUGACAAUAUGGAUGAGAGAAUGCGAGUUGAUGAAUGUUCUGGUGCUCCACUUAAAACUGAAGAGCGAAAGGAAGAUGAGCAAUCAGCCACUAAGGUUCCUGAAAAUCAAGAACGUAGAUGCACACGAAGUGUAAUGAAAACUGCCAUGAACAGUCAAGAGAAGGAAGUGUCAGCUAAUGUAGAAACAUGUAGAGCUUCAAAAGUUCAGAAAGGUUAUCUUAUCACAGAGCGCGGUGAUUCUGAUGAACCAGUUUUUCUUGAUGGCCAGAAUGUUGAACGGAAACGUAGUUACAAGCGUGCAGUGGCAAAUGUGUGUAAUUACAAUGAAGAAUUAGAAACUGAUGGCUUUCCACAAAGAAAGAAGACCCCUUCACCAGACCUUGCAGCCAGCAAAGUGGUUCGACCAAAGCACAAAAGCUUCCUCCAUGCAGUUCAAAAGAAUCAAUUGUUGAUGACCCCAGUGUCUGUUGGCCGCACAGUAGUUAAGUCCUUCAUUAAACGCAACACUCCAAUGAAAGUUGAUCCCAAGGAACAAGAGAAAGCUCGUCUGGCAAAUCUAAAGAAGAAACGAGAGCAAGAGGAAGAAAGGAUACAAAAGGUGGAGGAAGAGAAGAAACGCAAAAUGGAAGAGUUUAAAAAGAAACGGGAAAUGCAAGUAAAGCGUGUUUUGGAAACUCGUUCCAGAGUUCAACAACAAGAGGAAGAAAAGAUCAAGAAAAUUGAGCAGAAGUUUGCUCAAAUUAAUGAGAAGAAUGCAAAGAUUCGUAAGGAAAGGUUUGCUGAAGAGAAAGCAAAAAGUAAGGUCGCUGCCAAGAGGAUGGAGGAAGCAGAAGCUCGAAGGCGGCAAGAAGAGGAAGCCCGAAAUAAGAAACUGCAACAGCUGGAGGAAGAACGCAGAGAGCUGCAGCAGCGUAAGAAGGAGGAAGAACUGGAGAGGCAACGUAAAAUGGCAGAAGCUAGAAAGCUUCAAGAACAACGGCAAGCUGAGUUGGAAAGAGAACGAUUGCAUGAGCUGCAGCUGGCUGCAGAUAGAGAGCGGGAACGAAAAAAGGAAGAGGAGAGCAUUCGGGCGGAGAAAGAACGUGAACGACUGGAGAAAGAAAAGGCCCUUCAAUUACAGCGGGAGAUGGAGCGAACAGCACGGGAGGAUGCUGCACUCCAGGCUCAACGAGAAAAGGAAAAGCUUCGCCAAGAAGUGCAGGAGAAAGAGAGAAAAUGGGAAGAGCAGCGUUUAGAAAAAGAGAGAAUUAGAAAAGAGCAGGAAAGACUGGAGUCUGAGCAACAAGAAAAAGAGAAGAAACUUCGUGAAGCUGAAGAGAGAAAAUGGAAGGAAGAGCAAGACCAGAAAGCAGAGAAGGUCACCAGUAAAAAUAUGUUGAAUGUGACUGUGGAAGUGCAUCACUCUCCAGCCCCAGAAUCAUAUGCCAUGACUCCCAAUAACUAUUCAAAAUUCAAGAUGCCAAAAGUAACUUUAGACAACUAUGGAAUGGAUCUGAACAGUGAUGAUUCUACAGAUGAUGAGGGAGCACCACGUAAACCGAUCCCUGCUUGGGCUGAUGGUAAACAAUUGCAGCAAGCCCUUAUAAAGCAGUAUUACCACCCAUUUGAUGUGGACAAAUUCUUUGGUGUCAUUCAACCUCCUGAUCUUAGGAGCAUCUUUGGCAAAAUCAAGCCACGUUACCUGAAACGGACCAGUUCUGCAGUGUGGCAUUCACCACCAGUAUCAAGCAGCAUUAGGAAUGUACCUUAUGGCCUUCUGAAAUACUGACUGUCCCUCUAUCUUAGAGUGGUAUUCCAACUAUUGUACAGUGUGAAUCUGUCUUCUGCUCUAUACCUUAUUCAUUGACAACUUGAUGUUGUGACUUUGCUAGCUCUCUCUCCCUUUUGUUUGUAUAUACUUUAGUACAUAAAAACUUCAAAUGGAAAACUGGUCAACUGUUUCUCAGGAGCCUUUUUUAAGUUUGGGUUUGCUUUGAGGUUUUUACCUUGUAAUAUUAAGGAUAUCUAUUUGGGUAGUUUUAAUUAGACUUCACUUUUGAAUCUCUUACUUUGGGCGAAUAUUUAAAUCCAGUGCUGCCUGAUGGGAUAAAGUUUCUGUCUGACUGUUGAGAGGCCUCGGAGUUUGAAAAUUAGUUUUGAAAUUUGAAAUUUCUAAUUAGUUUUGGCUUGUAAUUGGCACAGGAAAGGGGACAAAUAGUCAAUGUCUAACAGGUGGUUUUAGUUAGCAAGCUCAAUAGUUGAUGUGGGGAAACAGGAUGGAGGGGCAUCUUGGUAAGAUUUUUUUUUUAAAACUUUGAUCCAGCCAUGACUAAGACAUUAGGAUGUUUGACAGUUUACCUGACCUGAGACCGAAGUGCCUGAAAUGAGCUAAGUUCUAGUCCGUAUCUUGAACACAGAGAGGAAAUCCAGCAUUUCCAUUGUAGACAUUUUGUUUGAUUUCUUGGAUUAUUGUAGGGACUCCCUAUUGCUUAAAAGGAGCAUUAAUCCUAGUACUGCUUUUUAAAAAGAAAUACUUGGAAGCUUCUGAUUGCAAAUUUCAAAAGGUUGGAAAGAAACCACAAAUCUAAAAGACAGUUGUCCAGUUACUUGUCUGUGCUGACUGACAUUUUAGUGUCUAAAUCAGCUUCAUUGUCUCAAUGUUUGAAUUCGACUGACUUUUCUUGUUGCCUUGCAUAUGUCCAUGGGGAGGUCUGAGGACAAGAAUAGGCUUGCUUGUGUUUUUCGUCUCUACAACAAGAAAUAAAUGCUACUUAAAAUCUGGUGCAGGAUCAUCAUUUGGAUAAGAUAUCUAAACACCCAUGGAACUGUAUCCUGAAAAUUCUUUUAAGAGAAUGUUAGCAAUAAAAUGUCUGUCAACUGUUAAAUGUUAAUGCUGUCCUUACUGUUGCCAAGAGGUUUGAACUUUGGGUUCACUUUGACUUCAAGUACGAUAAAAGUCUAAACUGUCAGUAUCUCUUGUGCGAUGAAUCUCUGUCUGACAAGCAUCAUUAAAUGAUUUGACCUAUA